GGAUCCAAUAUUAACUGAUCAUAUUAAGUAAAAUCAUGGUGAAAGUAUGUGUAGUAGGCUGUUUGCACGGGGAAUUAGACUGUGUGUAUGCUAACAUUGCAGAAGCUGAACGACACGGUCAGUUUAAAACCGAUCUAGUUUUGUGCUGUGGUGAUUUUCAAUCUGUUCGUAAUCCUGGUGAUUUGACCACAAUGAGUGUCCCAUCUAAAUAUUAUCGUAUGGGUGAUUUUUGGAGAUACUACGCAGAAGAAAAUAGAGCUCCUGUUCUAACGCUAUUUGUCGGUGGUAAUCAUGAAGCAUCUGGUUAUCUUCAAGAAUUACCUUAUGGGGGUUGGGUUGCUCCGAACAUUUGGUAUAUGGGUUACGCUAGUGUCGUUCAGUUUGCUGGAUUACGGAUAGCUGGUUUAUCAGGUAUAUACAAACAGCAUGAUUAUACUAUGUGUCAUUACGAACACGCACCAUAUUCAGAAGCGACAAAGCGCUCUGUUUACCAUUUACGGAAUAUAGAAGUUUUUCGACUGGGACAGAUUCGUCGACGUUUAGACAUAGUACUAAGCCAUGAUUGGCCUCGAGGAAUAUAUCACUAUGGAAAUGCAAAUCACUUGUCUAGACGGAAACCUCAUUUUCGCAGUGAGAUUGAGUCAGAUGCUUUAGGAAGCCCUCCUGGUGAACAAUUAAUGUGUCGUUUAAAACCUCGAUAUUGGUUUUCAGCUCAUUUACACUGCAAAUUUUCAGCCUUUGUAGAGCAUUCAGACUCUAAAACAAACAAACCACGUACUACCCGUUUCUUGGCACUGGAUAAAUGCUUGCCCAACCGUCACUAUCUACAAUUCCUGGAUAUUGAACCUGAAUUAAAGUACGAUGAAAGUUCGGUGAAUUCUGAUUCCAAUUUAUCUUCAUCGUUUUGUUCCCAACCUGGGGAAGAUGAUCCAGUAGUUGUUAGUCUUCCUAAAUUCAAGUCUAACUUCAAAGAAUCAAUUGAAGGGUCAAAGUUGGAUGAAUCUGCUAAUGAUGGUGAUUCUGGCAAUGAAACGUGUACCAAACUGCAUCUUGAUCCUGAAUGGUUGUCCAUCUUGAGGUCGACUAAUCAUUUAAUGUCUACCGGUAAGGUUCCUUGUAUCCUUCCGGAGAAAGAAACAAGCGAGCGAUGUGACUUUUCUGCUACCGACGAGGAAAUCCGAGCAUUGUAUGAACCUUUUGGUGGGAACUUUCAAGUACCUGAUAAUUUUGAACGUACUGCGCCUAUCUAUAAACCGAAUGAAGGUAACUAUGUCAAUUCAAACGUGACAUCUACACCGAUGAGCCUAGUCCAACAGGCAAAUACUUUAUGUAAACAGCAACAGCUUUUUUCCAACCCACAAACGGAACUGAUAUGUGCUAUGCUUGACUUAGUGAAUCCAAAUGCGUUUUACCUUGGGAAACAGUCUUGCAGUUUGUUAGAAUUGUCAGCACAAAUGCAGUCUAAAAAUGAUGAAGAAGAAGACGAUGAUGAUGACGACAACGAGGAGGUUGAUGAAGAAGUUGGAGAAGAUGUAGUGAAUGUACCUGCAAAGGAUAAAACAUGUACGAGAGUACCAGAAUACUCAUCAGACGUAAAUAGUAGUUGGGUCCCUUCAAACUCCCUAAUCAAUAAUAGUAAUAUAGAAUAUGAUCCACUGAACAGCGCUUUUGUACCGAGUACUGUCGAACCUGAUUAUACUCCGAUGCGAAAUGCUAGUCUUUAUUGUAGUAUUGUAAGUCAAAAUCCGGAGGAAUUAGUAUUGGAUGACAUUGAAGAUAAUGAUGACGAUGAUAGUGCAUGUCUUAAUGAAACUCACCUUUCAAAGCUACUGAAUACGAUUUAGAAUGUUCAGAGUUCACUGAAUUGAAUAAGUCGGAAAAAGUGUAUAUUCCACAACUACUACCUGACUCCUAAUCAGCUAACUUUAACUGGUUAUGGUUUUAUUUGUAAAAUAUGUCGAAAAAUUUCAUUUGACUUCACAAUGUCUUCACGUUUUUCGCACACUAAAACUGAAUCUUGUAAAUUAUUUUACCACUUUGUUGUCAGCAGUUCUGUCACACAUUUAGUCAGUCAAGAUGUAAACCCUAUUUGUUGUUUUGGUCUAUUACUUAAACGAAUAUAUAUUUUUUGAAAAA